AAGCUAAUACUCGUGAUGGCUUCUUGUGCACCCGUGCAUAGGAUAUAUCAGUCCAGAUUGCGUUCUACCUCUUCCAGAGGCACACAACCGUCAGAGUCAGCCACCGGGCCGAGAAGGACCAGAGCCCAGAAACCUGCUGUAGGGGGCAGUAAUGCGACGUCAAGGAUGCCGACCAGCGAAAACUUCAAGAGAGAAGAAGAAGAAGAAGAAAAGUUUCUGGAAGUGCGUGAGGGAGGGGACUCGGGAGUGAAUGUGAGUAAUCCAACAGCGAGCAUGACCGACGCCGAGGCGCAGAGCGCUCCUCCAUCGGCACCUGAGGAAGACAAGCCACAGCCAGAGAGGAAAGUCAUAGCCACCUUGGUCCAAGGCACAGUGAAGUGGUUCAAUGUGAGAAACGGAUAUGGCUUCAUUAACAGAAAUGAUACCAAAGAAGACGUGUUUGUUCAUCAGACUGCUAUCAAGAAGAACAAUCCUAGAAAAUUCCUCCGCAGUGUGGGAGACGGGGAGGUUGUAGAGUUUGAUGUGAUUGAAGCAGCCAAGGGCUCAGAAGCAGCCAAUGUAACUGGUCCGGGUGGCAUUCCAGUCAAAGGCAGCCGUUACGCACCCAACAAACGGCGCUUUCGUAGACGAUUCUUCCCCCGCAGCCCUCGGCCCGGAGACGAGGGCAAACUGGCUGAUGGCCAAGCCCCAAAUGGGGAUGAAGAGGGAUCAGGAGAGAACGGGGUAACGAGACCUCAGCAGCGCCGCCGGAGGCCUCGUAGACCACGACCUGAAGAUGGUGAAGCUGGAGAGCAAAAUGGAGAAGGUGAAGAAUCAAAACGACCACAACAACGCAGGUUCUGGCGUCCGUACCGCAGGCCCUUCCGCCCUCGUCCGCCUCAUGAUCAGACUGAAGACGACCAGCAGGCAGCACCCACAGAGACCCAGGAGCAAGGUGAGGUGAAGCAGACAGAAGCCUCGGAGGAAUCCCACACCAACGGAGAAACAGCCGAGGGACAGAAACAACGCCGCCAGACUAGACGUCGUAGGCAAAGGAACUCGGAGUCCUCUACCUCAAAAAAUGAUACAGAGAAGUCUGCAUCAGAACCUGGAACCCCUCCUCAGAACUCAAAAUCAUCAGACCUUAAACCCACGACAAAAUCACCAAAGGCUUCCCCAAAAACCUCUCCUAAAACACCAAAAUCAACCGAGCAGGAAGACGCCCCAACAGUCCCAGCAGCGACAGAGUGACGCCAGCAAGAGGACAGUCGCAUGACCCUUGGCAAGAGGUCCUAGGGUUGGAGGACUGGACCUAUUUCAGAACACAUGCACUGCUCUCCCCUCCCUACACCCCCGCUCCUCAUCCUCCAACCCAUCCUGACUCACUGUCAGCCCUUAGCCCCCUCUCUCCCCUCCUCCCUUCAGUUCUCUUAGGUAGUGUGUUGUUUGUGUAGACACUUAAAUUUGGAGAGGGUUGACCUAAGGAGGAAGAAAAAGGGGGAUACAUGCAGAUGGGUGGAGGGUGCAUAUUUAGAAAUUUAAAAGUACAUCUUUAAGGAAGAAAAAUGGGAAAGAAUGGACAGUCUGCUUGGUAGCCCAGUUAUUCCAACCUCCCUUUGAAAUCUAAUAUUCUUUAAUUCCUAAAUAUGGGAAAAUUCAAGAAGUUCAUAGAGGACCCAGCCUUGAGUUUUAUUUAACUUUAAUUUGGUUGAAGAGGGGAAAACCAAGCAGGUGUGAGGUUGGUGGUGCAUUAUGGGAGACAGUUUAGUUCUGUUACCACCUCAAGUCUUAAAUCUACCACUUCUUUCGUCUCCUCAAGUUGAGGGUAGAUUGAUAAAAAAGAAACUUUAUUUUUGUUGUACUUAUUUGUGUGUGCUUUUCUUUGGAGGGGAUUAUGUGCAAUGUCAAUAAUUAUGAAGAUGGUAAUAAAUCAUGUUUGCAAAUCUCA